UGGAUAUCCAUUAUGAUGCUCAACAUAUUUUAGUUCAUUUUUAUAAUGUCAUCAGUAAUUUGAGGUUACUUUUGGGCUGCAUUGCUUUUUUUUAAAGAGAAUGAGUAGUGAACUUCACUUUUUUCAGUGACUGCUGUAUGCAGAACCCCCUACUAAUCUCAGUGGAUGUAUGUAGGAUAAGUGGUGCACAACCUAACAAAACUUACUCUUUACAGCAUAAAAUACAGGAAUGCUUAUGCUUUAUGAAAAUCGACUAUGUAUCUAUUCUGGUGAUGCAGAAAUGAAGUUAAUCUGAAUUAAAAAUUGGAAAUAAAUGAGUUUUGAUAGAAAUCUUAAAGAACAUAAUCAAACGUGGACUGGUGUUCAAAAAUGGCAUUCACAUAUUUUAAAAAUACAUUGUUCAUGGGUUUAUAGGGGAGCCUCUGAAAAUUAUAAACCAGAAGCGUGCAGAUGUUAAUCCGUCUGUGGGAGCAUGCUGAGAACACCAUCCUUCCCUCUGGGCAUCCUGUUUCCUCUACCUAGAAUAUUUUUUAUCUCUUCUUUAAUAAUUCCUGCUUGCCUUUAAGAUUAGCUUAAGUCUCAUCUCCUAUUGUGUCUCCAUAGUUUCCUAUGACUACCAUGACAAAUUACCACAAACUUGUUGAAUUAAAACAGCACAGCUCUAUUGUCUUAUGGUUUUGGAGGUCAGACGUCAAGUGUGGGUCUCCCUGAGCUAAAACUGAGGUGUCAGUAUGGCUGCAUCUUCUGGAAGGUCUUGGGAAGAGCCCAUUUUCUAGCCUUUUCCAGCUUCCAGAAGCCACUUACAUCCUUGGUCAAGACCCCUCCCUCCAUCUUCAAGGCCAAAAGUAUAGCAUCUUUCUUCCUCUCUGACCUCUGCUCCUAUCCUUCCAUCUUCUCUCUCUGACCCUACCUCUGUUGGCUCCCUCUCAUAAGGAUCCUCAUGUUUACAUUGGGCCCAUCAAGAUAAUCCAGGAUGAUCUCCCCAUAUCACUACUCUUAACUUAAUCAUAUCUGCAAAAUCCCUCUUGUCAUGUAAGGAAACAUAAUCACAAAUCCCAGGGAUUGGGGUGUUGACAUCUUGGGGCAGGUGAGGGGGCAGGGGGAGCAUAAGGCAGUAUUAUUCAGCCUACUGUGCCUCCUCUUGAAAGUUAUUGAGUUCAAUUUUUGAGUUUUAGAAUUAGUUUAUCUUUCUCUGGACCCACAACCAUCUAUCUCUAAUAUGGGGAAUUUUAGAACUACUUUGAAAUUUGGGGUUACUCUUUCCACCUUAACUGUUAUUUCUUCAUGUGAAAACUGUAUUUCAUCUGUGCAGUCAUACUGAUCUAAAUUUGGACCUAGGCCUCCUCCCUUAGUUUCCUCCUGUGUGAAGGAGAAGUGUAUUACAAGGUAGGUAAGAGAACAAAUGUGAGAGCAAGAUUCCUCAUCCCAAACCUCUGUCCUAGCACCUAAUUGUAUGAAGCAGCACCAAUUUUUCAGUUUUCUUAUCUAUAACAUGGAAAUGAUUACAACAUUUAACACAUUCACUUCUUGUGAGCAUUAAUGAAUGGACACAUGAAAAUUAUUUAGAACAGUGAUUGCUCUAAAAGUACUUAGAGCAUAGUAUUCACUCAAAACUGUUAGUUGUUACUAUCUCCACCUGUGAGAUUAUAAUAAAGAUUUAGGAGACAGUCGAUAAAGCCACAGUACAAUGCCUGGCACACAGCAAAUUCUCAAUACCUUCUACCUUUUGAUUGAUCAUCAUCAUCUGUAUUAAAUACAAGUUAAAGAAGUCAAAUUUAGUGAAGAAAAUGCUGUGUUUCAAAGGUAAGAGUUUGGUGAAAUGUGCUCAAUUCUAGGCUAACAAUCUGAAUUAUUUCAGGCUCUAUUAUCCUCAGGUUCAAUAUGGUCAUGAAAGGUCAAUAAUGGUGUGAUGGAUAGAUUUUAUUAGUUUCAAUGAUGAAGUAAUAAUAGUAAUAACUAUCGGCUUUUAAAUACUACAAACUGCUUUCAAAUGCAUUAUCUCCUAGGGACUUGAUGUGACUUAAUGUUUAUUCCAGACAGUAUCUAGCAGGCUAAUGGCUAUUUGAUUAUUUAAGCUUCCCAGAUUGGUGUGAUCUUUGUCACACAAUAGCCUUCAUGUCCUUUGUAUUAUGAAAUUUUCAAGUGUUACCCAUUGCUUCCAAGGCAAACUGAGCCAUUCCAUUCAAAUGUUUACAGUAAAUAGAACAGAAACUUGUGGACUCGUCUUCCUCUCUCAUAAAUGAAGCAACAGCAAAGUGGUACAGCAUCUCAGCUGUUCCAAGUUCCUCAAAUAAGUUUUACUUUUGCAAAACGAACUAACUUCCUAUAUGUUGUGAGCUGUGUUAUGAGCAACAUGACCGGCAGCCACGUUUGCUGUAAUUUUUUAAAUAUGUGGAAAAAAAGCAAGAUAUCGACCAUGUAUUACCUUAACCAAGAUGCCAAAUUAUCUAACUUGUUUCUCCAGGCAAGCAGUCCAACGACAGGGACAGCUCCCAGGAGCCAGUCAAGGUUGUCUGUCUGUCCAUCCACUCAGGACAUCUGCAGAUCUGCCAUCUUGCAUGACAUGUCAGAAGAUGCAUUUGAGCAAUGCACCCCUGUCAUGGUGCUCAGCCCUGCUAGGAAGGAGUCUGGUAAGAAAUCAGUAAAACAGAGGCCUAGGAGGAGGAGGAGGGCCUCCGAGAGAUAUGAGCGUGCAGAAGAACAAAUAAAAGGGAGAAGUGAUUUUCACCUCCAGAUCGCAAGCCCCAGAUGGAGUGAGCUUUACACAGAUUCUUCAGAUUCCUCUUCCCCAGAUGAGAGUCACUGGAUUCAGGCAAAAAGAAGAGCCCAAGUUAAAUUCCGACUGUCACGAAGAAGAAGGAGAAAUAGUAGUAAACCAUGUGGAAACUUGGAUGGGUCUUCUGCUCCUAAUGGAAUGGAUCUGAUAGAUUUGGAAUCCAAAGGUAAAAAGCAACAAGAGCUGAUUGAACAUGAGAGUUGCUCUUUACAUCUCUGCAGAGGAAAAGGCACAAGGUACCAAGAAUGCAGCCUUUCCCUGCCAAGAGGAUCCUUUGAGAUUAAGAGAUCCUCAAGGAAGCAUGAGGAAAACAAAGGCAGAUACCACCACAGGGAUCCGCAGCUCUUGCAUAGUCUUGGGCAGUAUGAAUCCAUCAAGAAAGGACUUUCAGAAGCAGAUUCUAGCCCUGAAAUAUUGGCAGUUGCAGAAGGCAGCAAGUAUGUGGAUGCUGCUGGGUUCCAGGUGACUAACUCUGUGCAGAAGCCUCCUGCCACCUACCAUGAUGGGUCUGAUAAUUUAAAAAUAUGCAGGAUCUGUCACUGUGAGGGGGAUGAAGAGAGCCCCCUCAUCACACCCUGUCGCUGCACCGGCACCCUGCGCUUUGUCCACCAGUCCUGCCUCCACCAGUGGAUCAAGAGCUCAGACACGCGCUGCUGUGAGCUCUGCAAGUAUGAUUUCAUCAUGGAGACUAAGCUCAAACCCCUCCGGAAGUGGGAGAAACUACAGAUGACCACCAGCGAAAGGAGGAAAAUAUUCUGCUCUGUCACAUUCCACGUAAUCGCGAUCACCUGUGUGGUUUGGUCUUUGUAUGUAUUAAUAGAUCGGACAGCGGAAGAAAUCAAGCAAGGCAAUGAUAAUGGUGUUCUUGAAUGGCCAUUUUGGACAAAACUGGUUGUGGUGGCUAUUGGCUUCACGGGAGGUCUUGUCUUCAUGUACGUACAGUGUAAAGUCUACGUUCAGUUAUGGCGCAGGCUGAAGGCCUACAACCGUGUGAUCUUUGUGCAAAAUUGCCCAGACACUGCCAAAAAGCAGGAGAAGAAUUUCUCGUGUAACAUAAACACGGACAUCAAAGAUGCUGUGGUGGUGCCUGUAUCACAAACGGGUACAAAUUCACUGCCAUCUGCAGAGGGAGGCCCCCCUGAGGUCAUCCCGGUGUGACACAGUUGGGAGUUUCUUCACUGAAGGGUAUCUUUCUAGCCCUUAGCCACUACAAAUGACAGAAGUGAUCCUGAAUUAUUCACUCCUUUAUCUUCUCCUUUCUCCUACUGACUCAUUCUUCCUUACUUUGCUCAAAAAAGGAAAGGACCAAAAGGCACCGAUGACCAGGAUCCCAUGAAGCAGUCCAAAGGGUGAUACAGAAAUGUGAAAAAUUUGCUAGAGGUGAUUUCUAAGACAAUUAAGAACCAAUGGAGCGAGGGAUGCUUUCAGGCAAUGACGAAAGACUACACGGACACAUGCAUCUUCACGAUAGCAGGACAAAGUUUAAGAAUACAGACUUGAAUUGCAAUGUGUAUUUCUUCUAAGGCCUUGUAAUGUUAACUCUUUCAUCCAGAAAUAAGAAACAUACUUGGUUUUAA